AUCAAGCAUCUAAGCAUGCAGACUGCUUCUACAAACAUUUGUGAAAAAAUGGGUCGCUCUCAGGAGCUCAAUGAAUUCAAGCGUGGUACUGUGAUAUGUUGCCACCUCUGCAAUAAGUCCAUCUGUGAAAUAUCCUUGCUACUUAAUAUUCCACAGUCAACUGUUAGUGGUAUUAUAACAAAGUGGAAGCAACUGGGAACAAUAGGAACUCAGUGGUAGGCCACGUAAAAUUACAUAACAGGGUCAGCCCAUGCUGAAGCGCACAGUGUGCAGAAGUCGUCAACUGUCUGCAGAGUGAAUAGCUAAAGACCUCCAAAAUUUGUGUGGCCUUUAGAUUAGCACAGUAGGGAGUAGGGAGCUUCAUGGAAUGUAUUUCCAUGGCUGA